UGAAGCACGCUGAGGACACUCUGCUUUGCUCUGCUGGUGCAACAGUAAGAGUGGAGAAAGAAAAAAAGGACAGGAAGAAAACAAAGCAGGGAGGGGUGGGGGUGACAAAGCACCAGAGGAAGGAGAGGAGAGAGAGAGGAGGAUCGAGGCGGCCAGCAAGCACUUGACAGGAUAACGCUCCACCCGGCGUGGACACACACAGGAAGAGGAGAGAAAGCACACAUGCCUGGACAGACACUUAUACAUUCAUACACACAUACAUACACACACGUACAUACGUACAUACGCACUCUCUGUCUUUCUCUCUCACUCACUCUUUCUUUCUCUCUCUCUCUCUUUCUCAUUCACAAAUAACUCUUGACUGUCACCGGUUAAGGACUAUUCACCAGCGUGCCUGCUUUGAAAGGUAAACAGUCAUGCGUUCCCGUAGCAACAGCGUGGAGGACCUGCUCCAGGCCAAGAAGCCUCCAACUUCCCAGCAGCCUCAGCCUCAGCAGCACAGACAGCACACACCAUCGCACACACCGUCGCGUCAGCGCUCUGCAGAUCGCGAGGAAGCCGCAUCCUUAGCCUCAGCCUCGCCUAGGGGCCCCGGGCAGCCUCGACAUCGAGAGCCGCCGGACUACAUGACUCCUACCCUCCAGAGGAACCACAAAAGUGGCAGCGGAAGUGGAAGUGGAAGCAGCAGCAGUGGGCAUAGCAGUAGUGGACACAGCAGCAGUGGAGGUUCUGGGCACCACCACUCCCAGUCCUCCCAUCACCACCAGAACCAGCACCAGCACCAGCAGAACCAGCAAAGGGGGCGGUCGGCAUCAGCAGGGAAGGGCAGGGACCUCUCACGCGACGACCUCCUCUUCCUGCUCAGCAUGCUGGAGGGAGAGGUACAGGCUCGAGAUGAGGUGAUCACAGUGUUGAAGGCAGACAAGAUUGACCUGGCCGUGCUGGAGGCCAAGUACGGGUUCGUCACCCCACAGAAGGUGCUGCAGGCCCUGCAGAGAGAUGCCAUUCAGAAGGGGGACGGCGACGGGUGGCAGGAUGACAUCUACGAGAGACCCAUGGCCGAGCUGGACAAGUUGGUGGAGAAGCAGCGCGAGACGUACCGUCGCAUGCUGGAGCAGCUGCUGAUCGUGGAGCAGUCGCACCGGCAGACCAUCUACCGGCUGGAGGACGAGAAGAGCAACCACAGCGAGUUCAUGAAGAAGAGCGACGAGUUCACCAACCUGCUGGAACAGGACCGCGAGAGAUUAAAGUUGCUUAUAGACCAGGAAAAGGCCUACCAGGAGAGGAAGGACGAGGAGCACCAGAAGAAGCUGUCAAACCUCCAGGAGGAGCUCACUAAGCUCAAGUCCUUUGCCCUGCUGGUCGUCGACGAACAGCAGCAUCUCACAGAGCAGCUUGCUGAGCAAACCGCCAAGGUCCAGGAGCUGACCGACACCGCCUCAAGGGCACAGGACGCCCUCAGCUCGGCCCAGGCACAGGCCCAAGAGGAAGAGAGCAAACUCCUCCGGUUAGAGACGGAGCUCCGUGACCAGGCUGCCCGCUUCCAGCAGGAGCAGGAAACCAUGACCGCCAAGCUAGUCAGUGAAGAUGCACAGAACAGGCAGCUACGUCAGAAGCUGUCGAUGCUCAGCCGGCAGCUCGACGAGCUGGGGGAGACGAACAAGACCCUCCGCCGUGCCGAGGAGGAGCUGCUGGAGCUGAGAGACAAGAUUGGCCGUGGGGAGUGCGGCAACUCCAGCAUCGUGUCCGAGGUGGAGGAGCUGAGGAAGAGAGUGCUGGAGAUGGAGGGAAAAGACGAAGAGCUGAUCAAGAUGGAGGAUCAGUGUCGCGAUCUAAACAGGAAGCUAGAGAAGGAGUCAAGCCAGAGCCGAAGCCUGAAGGCGGAGGUGGACAAGCUCAACCAGCGCAUCACAGAGCUGGAGAAGUUGGAAGAUGCUUUUGGGAAGAGUAAGCAGGAGUGCAGCACACUCAAAUGCAACCUGGAGAAAGAGAGGACUGUGACUAAGAAUCUGUCCAGUGAGCUGGACGUCCUCAAAGUCAGAAUCAAGGAACUUGAGACCGUCGAGGGACAAUUGGAGAAGACAGAGCUAACACUGAAAGAGGAUCUUACUAAGCUCAAGACCUUCACGGUCAUGCUGGUGGAUGAACGUAAAGCAAUGACUGAAAAGCUGAAGCAGAUGGAAGAGAAGAUACAGAACAGCACUGGUAAACUGCAAGCAGAACAAGAAAAGGUGACCAACGUCACUGAGAAACUCAUUGAUGAGAGUAAGAAAGCCCUGAAGGCCAAGGCCGAGCUGGAAGACAGAAUGUGCGGCGCCACCAAAGACAGAGACGACCUUCAAGCCAAGCUCAAGGUCGAGGAGGAGAAAAGCAAUGACCUUCAGUCCAAGCUAAACAUGAUGAAGAAGCGUCUGCAGUCCCUUGAGGCAGUGGAGAGGGAGUUCCUGAGGAAUCGGGCCAAGGAGGAGCACAUCAAAACCACCGCCCCUAACCGCUUCCAGCAAGAGGACAACAAGGUCAAAGACCUCACCCAGGAAGUGGAGAGGCUGAGGAGGAAGCUGAAGGAUAUGAAGGUUGUGGAGGACGACCUGCUGAAGACGGAGGACGAGUUCGAGACACUGGAGAAACGCUACUCCAACGAGCAGGAGAGAGCCAAGACCCUGAUGGAAGAGCUGGAGAUCUCCAGGAAUGAGCUAUCCAAGUACCAGCUGGCCGAGAAGGAGUCGUCCAACCAGGAGCACAUUCUCUACAAACGCCUCAAAGACGAGGAGGCCAAGUCUUGCCACCUCACCCGCGAGGUUGAGGCCCUGAAGGAGAAGAUCCACGAGUUCAUGGGCACGGAGGAGUCCAUCUGCCGCAUGAAAUCCGAUCACACUGUCCUCCAGAGGAAGCUGACCCAGCAAGAGGUGAGGAACAAGGAGCUGGGCAGGGAGAUGGAGAACCUCAACCGUGAGCUGGAGCGAUACCGUCGCAUCAGCAAGACACUGAGGCCUGGCAUGAACGGACGGCGCUUCUCAGACCUGCAUGUUGCCACCAAAGAGGUUCAGACUGACCCGGCGGAUACCCUUCCGCCCAAUUACAAGAGCUUGGCCCCACUGGAGUGCGCUGUGGUCAAUGGUAAACUGUACGACGAAAGCGACCCGGAAGAUGACCCCAAUUACAAUGAGGUUCACAUCGCGAAGUGCAACCCAUCGCUUAUCAACAACGUCAAUAACCUGAACAACAAUAUGAGGCGAGCAAGGGUUCCCUUCAUGAAAACCAAAGAAAACCAGCAUCCCAUCAAUGGCAAAAUUUCACCCAGACAGAAUGGGAAUCACGUCCAACAAGACGUGGUUUUGACACACAGCCCAGGUCAGCCCCUACACAUCAAAGUCACACCAGAUCACGGACACAACAUGGCGACCCUGGAAAUCACUAGCCCGACCACUGAAAACGCUCAGUCCUACACCAGCACUGCAGUCAUCCCCACAAGCGGUGCACCGCCCAAACAGAGGAUCACAAUCAUCCAGAACACGUCAAUCACCCCUCCCAUGAAAACCAAGGGCUCUGCAUCACUGGACAGUACACCAUGCAGUCCAGACCAAGCCAUGUCCCCCUUCACCAUGGCUGCCUUCUCCCGGGCGAUGACCCCUGAGUCCUCAGGGUCAGUCACCCCCGACCGGGCAAUGUCCCCCAUCCAAAUCGUCUCUGUGACCACUGGCACCCCAGACCACCGGUCCCAGCCCCCAGAACCCCUUGAGGUGGCCGGGGGUCACACUGUUUUCCGUGUGAGCCCGGAGCGCCAGAACAGCUGGCAGAUCCAACGAUCCAACAGCACGGGUUCGAACGUCAUCACCACCGAGGACAACAAAAUCCACAUCCACCUGGGCAGCCCGUACAUUCAGGCUAUCAACACCACCGGCUCUGUCAGCUCCAGGCCCCUGAGUCCCUGCUGUUCCCCGGGGCAGGAGCAAAGAACUCCGGUGCUGGCCAAUGGCACUCCGGUAAAAGGCGGCAGCAGCAAAAUCACCAGUAGCAUCACUAUAAAGCCCACCUCUUCCCCAAUCACACGGCCGCAAAUUACAAUACCUCUUGAAGCAUUCCGACGCCCUGGUCCCACGAGGAUUCCCAAACCGAAACCCUACGGAGGAAAAGGGACAAACAAUGCUGUCAAUGGAGGAAUAAAUAAAACACCACAGCCAUCCCAAACACUGCAGAACGCAGCCAAAAAUCCACCCAACAAUUUAAACGUAGCAGCAAAAGGCGCAACAAAAACAUAGAAAUAAUGUGGACAGGAUUUUUAUCUGAGAUAAAGACAACUUGUUUAUUCUCUCAUCUAAACUUUUUUUGUGUAUCAUUGGUGCUAUUGAUGAUUAAAUGUGACAAUCAAUUUUAGAUAUUUUUUAUUAUUCAUCAUGUUUUACCAUAGUCAAAACCGUUGUCAAUCAGAUUGAUAAGAGACAAGAUCUCUGGGGUUUUCGGACGGCAACACCUGUCCUCUUCAAUGGAAUUUACAUUUAACAUGGUGCUUCUAUCUAUUUUAUAACUGUUUGCAUUAUGUUGCUGUCUGGAACACAAUAUUUUUUUGUAUCUGUCACAUCAUUAAAUCCCUCAAUAUGGCAUUAGUGAUAUACACAUCCUAGCAAUAAUGUAUAUAAGAUGCUGGUAGACUAACUAGUUCCAUGUUUUGUUCUACGCCAACGUCCUUUGUCUUUUUAAAAAAAAUCCAUCACAAACAUUGUAAUUAACAGCUAUGUUAAUAAAGAUUAUGUUUUUAUACUA